AGUGUGACGCACGUGUGACAGCAAAAAUUUAAUUCUAUGGUAGUUACAAGAUACUAUAUCUCAUUGAAGUGCUUUACGAAAGUAAGUUCUAUACCUGUAACCCCUGUCUGAGAGACUGGUGGGUGGCAGAUGGUAGUAAAGGACUUGCAACACUGUGGAGCUACAUUAGAGGAACACUGCUGGUUGUUUUAAAAUUAAUAAAUACGGAAAAACAGUUGUUUUUGGGCUAAGAGACCUUAUAUUCCGAACGUAAGAAAAUGUAAUGGAGAUGUGCGGCGAUAUGCUUCAUUGCCUGUUUGACAACGCACAACCUUAUAUUGUAUACAGAUUCAGUUUCUGCAUUGCACAGGGCCAUUUCUGUUAUUCGACAGAAUGAGUCACAUAAAAACAAUAGAAGAUUUAAAAAUAUCAGUUGCUGAAUUAGCAAGCCUGAUGGAUGAUACUUUCACAUGCUGCAAGCGGAACUAUGAUGCCUUGCUACCAUACAUUGGGAAAAAGGAAACAAAUUUUAAAAUAUAUCACAAAUUAAUAAAUGUUAAUAUAAUGUUGAACAAGUUAAGUGAAGAACUUGUAGGACUUAGAGUUGAAUAUGUAACUCUGUCAUCGUAUGAACAAAGAAUGGAGAUUGCUCUGUUUGAAGGAGGUAGAAAGAGAAGAAAGUGUGAUGUGCUUGAGUUAGGCAGACAUGAGACCAAAAGUAUAAAAAUGGAAGUGCCAUAUUCUGAUAACACCAAGUGUUGCAUUUCAUUAACUUCAGAGACUGGAAUCAAUAUGCAGUCAAAGAAUUUGGAAUCAGAGGAUACUGAAGAAACUAGACAGUCACCGUUGCCGAAGUCAGACAUACACCGGCCAAAAAACAUAAAAACAGAAAUACAAGAUUCAAAUGAAGUUGAAAAUUUAUUUGUUUUUCCCAUUGGUAAUAAUGAUAUUACUGCAGAUCAAACAUCAUGUGAUACUAGAAAUAAUAGAGUGACAGUUUGUUUUGCUGGUGAUGAGGAAAGUGCUUCUGUGGCAAGUAGACUUGUGAGAGACAAUGCUUAUGAUGAACCAGGUGAUACGAUUACUCAGAGAGAAAACACUGAAGAGUGUUUCCCAUUGGAAAGUUUGGGAAGUCAGACUAGCAAUCAAGAGAAGUACGAAGACAUUGGCAGUGUUCUUCAUGAAGAUCAUAGCAUUCGCAGAUAUCUAGGAGGAAAAGUUGAUUGUACCACUUCCUUUUCUUACCACUCAAUUCAAUCUUCCAGUGGUGAAGAAUCUCCUGUUGCUUUCACCGCUUGUGAUUCGGAGAUUGAUAGAUCAUUACAAGGGAGAUCAAACACUGGUAACAAAGAAAAGAAAAGAGCUCCCGAUUUUCCUAUCAUAUAUGAAAAUGGUCAGAGUUCAGAGGAAUUGUGUGAUGCAGGUGAUGAACUGUAUGGUAUUGUAAGGCACCAGAAUGGGAGAUUUAAGUGUACAUCACGCAAUGAUGGACUUGUUAAUUACCAGGCAGUGCCUGUUCGUGUGAAAAGAAAGCAGCAUAAAAGGAAACGAAAAAUUUCCAAGAACAGCAGUUGUGCCACAGUUUCUGAAGUUCCAAAUGUUAGCUGUGAAGGUGAAUUUGUUAAUUACCAGGCAGUGCAUGGUCAUUUGAAAGGAAAGGCAUACAAAAUGAAACGAAAAACUGCGAAGAACAACAGUUGUGCCAGAAUGUCUGAUGUUCCAAAUAACAGCUGUGAACAUGAACUUGUUAAUUACCAGGCAGUGCAUAGUCUUUCGAAAGGAAAGAUGCAUAAAAAGAAACGAAAAGCUGCCAAGAAGAACAGUUGUGCCAGAAUGUUGGAAGUUCCAAAUAACAGCUGUGAAGGUGAACUUGUUAAUUACCAGGCAGUGCAUAGUCAUUCGAAAGGAAAGAUGCAUAAAAUGAAACAAAAAACGGCCAAGAAGAACAGUUGUGCCAGACUGUCUGAAGUUCCAAAUAAUUGUUGUGAAGAUGAACUUGUUAAUUACCAAGCAAUGAAUGAUCAUCCAAAAGAAAAGAAGGAUAAAAUUAAACGAAAAACUGCCAAAAAGAACAGUUAUGCUAGAGUGUCUGAAGUUCCAAAUAACAGCUGUGGAGGUGAACUUGUUAAUUCCCAGGCAGUGCAUAGUCUUUCGAAAGGAAAGAUGCAUAAAAUGAAACAAAAAACGGCCAAGAAGAACAGUUGUGCCAGAAUGUCUGAUGUUCCAAAUAACAGCUGUGAACAUGAACUUGUUAAUUACCAGGCAGUGCAUAGUCUUUCGAAAGGAAAGAUGCAUAAAAAGAAACGAAAAGCUGCCAAGAAGAACAGUUGUGCCAGAAUGUUGGAAGUUCCAAAUAACAGCUGUGAAGGUGAACUUGUUAAUUACCAGGCAGUGCAUAGUCAUUCGAAAGGAAAGAUGCAUAAAAUGAAACAAAAAACGGCCAAGAACAACAGUUGUGCCAGAGUGUCUGAAGUUCCAAAUAAUUGUUGUGAAGAUGAACUUGUUAAUUACCAAGCAAUGAAUGAUCAUCCAAAAGAAAAGAAUGAUAAAAUUAAACGAAAAACUGCCAAAAAGAACAGUUAUGCUAGAGUGUCUGAAGUUCCAAAUAACAGCUGUGGAGGUGAACUUGUUAAUUCCCAGGCAGUGCAGGGCCAUACAAAGCAAAUAAAGCCUAAAAAGAAACGAAUAACUGCCAAGAACAGUUGUGCCCAAAAGUCUGAAGUUACAAAUAGCACCACACAGUGCAAGGUCAUGUGAAAGGAGAGAAGCAUAAAAAAGAAAGACAGAUACUGCCAAGAAGAACAGUUGUGCCAGAAUCUGUAGUUAGGAAUAACAGCUGUGAAAGUACAGCAUCUGUUUCUGUGUGGCCUGCUAUUUCCUGCUUAUUUACUGACUGUUGUAGAGUACAGGUACCAAACAAUAUCAGUUAAACGUGCAAUCAGGUUAGUUGAUGUAUGAAUGUAUGUACGUGCAUCAUUUCAUGUUAACAAAAAUUUUUCAGGUUUCAUUUAGGAUAAAUAAUCUCUUCCCUUUGUAAUGAACUGGUAAUAAGUUAAAUACCCAACAUAAAGGACACACGUUUCUAGGUAGGCUAGGUCAUCUUGAUCAGAAAGGUAUAUUACGAAACGUUGAACUGAAAAAUAAAUCCUGCAGUAACUGUUGGAAAUGCCAGUCAGUCUAGAGAACAUUGUUUGCAGUACUCAGUUUAUUUUGAAAAACAAUGUUUUUUGUAGUGUGUGCAACUUUUUCUGUGAAAGUACAGCAGCAUUAAGUCAUAUGAUGUGCAACAAUGUUUAAGUGUCAAGACAGACAUUGGAUAGCUCCUGAAUAUGAUCCUGUGUCUUGUAGGUUUUUGUGUUAUGUAAAAGACAAUACUCAGAUGAAAAUAUUUUAUAUAA